AUGGGGUCUGAUCCGCAAUACAUCAAGUUCCCUAACCUCUCUAUCGCCCAACAUGUCUUCAACCUCUCCAACCCAGCAUGCGCUCCAGCCGUCCAGCAAUCAUCAUUGAAGAAACUCCAAGAUGUUAUCGUGGAGCAAAAAAUGGCUCCCUUCUAUCGGCAUCUCGCCCAUCCUACCGAAGGCAUCUUGAACAACUCCGGCGAGGGCGUAACACAGCUCCCACAAAAUGGCAACUCAACAAAGCCUCUCAUCACGUCCAAUCUUCUUGCAUCUCGCAAAACACCGCUCAAGUUUGAUUUCCCUUGGGAUGAGAAUCUCUACCAGUCUCUACUGGAGGAUAACAAGAAAGAACUGGAGACCUUCCAGAAGGAGGAAGAUGACGCAGAAGAGGCUGCUGGGGAGACCGAGGUACAAGCUGCGCGUGGGAAGCGAGCCGAGUUCUGGGCUCGUGUGGGAGAUAAGGACAAAGCACUUGAAUCGCACGAAGCCCUCCUCGAAAAGACCGGAUUCCUCGGCACCAAGAUUGAUCUGGUGAUGGCCAUGCUCCGCAUUGGACUCUUUUUCGGCGACCUUUUGUUUGUGAACAAGACCAUUGAGCGAGCAGAGACCUUGGUGGAGAGUGGUGGAGACUGGGACCGUAGAAACCGUCUCAAGGCAUACAAGGGAUUACAUUUACUCACCAUUCGUUCCUACAGCCUUGCUGCUCCUCUUCUCCUCGACAGUCUGUCUACAUUCACAAGCUACGAACUUUGCAGCUAUUCUUCGCUAGUGAUUUACUCGGUGCUUGCGGGAUCAUUGUCCCUCAAGCGUGUGGACUUCAAGGCUAAGGUAGUGGAUGCACCAGAGAUUAAGGCCAUCCUUGGCUCCGGGGAAGACCAAUUGGCUGCACUGAGUGGGGAAAUCUCCUCAGGUCCAGGUGCCCGGGAUGAGGAGAUGAAGGAUGCAACGGCGUCACUGCCCACACCCGCCGGUGCCAAGACCGCUGUCAACAUCUCCUCUUUCUCAACCGGCUCCGGUGCACCGAUAGAGGCUGAGGUGCCAGUUGAUUUCGCCCCGCUCGCGAACCUGGUCACCAGUCUCUAUAACGGUAACUACCGCUCGUUCUUCAAGGCACUCGCAGCCGUUGAGGAUCAGUUCCUGACACAAGACCGAUAUCUGCAUGAGCACCGGGCUUGGUUCGUUCGUGAAAUGCGGCUGCGCGCUUACCAGCAGCUUCUUCAGAGCUACCGUGUGGUGGGAUUGAGUGGUAUGGCUAACGACUUCGGUGUGACGGUGGACUAUUUGGACCGGGAUCUUGCCAAGUUCAUUUCGAACAACCGCAUCGCAUGCACCAUCGAUCGUGUCAAUGGUAUCAUCGAGACGAAUCGACCAGAUGACAAGAACAAGCAAUAUGCCGAUGUGGUGAAGCACGGUGACUCUCUGAUCACCAAGAUUCAGAAGUACGGCCAAGCUGUGCGUCUCCGGGGAAGUGAGCGAAGUUAA